AUGGAACCGAAACCUACUGUGUUCAACUCUUUAACUCGUGAAAAGGAGCAGAUUACCCUUUCAUCGGAUCGCAGCUUUCUGAGCUGGUAUAUCUGCGGACCAACGGUCUACGAUGCCGCACACGUGGGGCACGCGCGGAACUACGUCUCUUUCGACAUCGUUCGACGCUUGCUCGUUGAUUAUUUCGGCAUACCGGUACUUUAUCAAAUGAACAUAACGGAUGUUGACGAUAAAAUCAUUCAAAAGUCGUUUGAUUCUGGGGAGAGCUUCACAAACAUAGCGCGUCGGUUCGAGGCGGACUUUUUCGACGACCUGGAAGCGCUGCACUGCCUGCCACCGGACGUUGUUACCCGAGUGACCGAGUACAUUCCUGAGAUAACGGCAUAUGUUCGCAAACUUAUGGAACGUGGAUAUGCCUACGAGGCGGCCUCUGGUUCCGUCUACUUUGACGUGGAAGCGUUUGAGCGAAGUGGACGACACCGUUUUGGGAAGCUCAGGCCUGCCGCUGCCGCAGCAGCAACGAGCGUUGAGACCCGACCGCAUGCGGGUGCAAACGGGGUCGAUCCUCCCAGCCUUGAGCAGCUCUCUGUCCAGGAAGAAAAACGGAACCCUCGAGACGCUGCUCUGUGGAAAGCCUCCAAGUCAGCAAUGGAGCCAGGUUGGGAAAGUAACGGUCUAGCGCGGGGGCGUCCCGGCUGGCACAUUGAAUGUGCGGUCAUGGCGUCGCUGGUCAGCUGUGCGGGUACGACACACUUGGAUAUUCACACCGGUGGUAUCGAUCUCGAGUUUCCGCAUCAUGACAAUGAGAUCGCGGAAGCGGAAGCGUACUUCGAGACCGACCUGUGGUCACGCUACUUUCUCCAUUCGGGGCAUUUGAAUAUUGAGGGCCUCAAAAUGUCCAAAUCGCUGAAAAAUUUCAUUACCAUUCGUGAAGUUCUCCGUCGAUGGAAUUGGCGCCAACUACGUGUUCUGUUUCUCAUGCACCAUUACCAGACGACCAUGAACUAUUCUGAAGAGAGCAUGACACAUGCGGCAGCAGUCGAAAGGACCAUCCAGGAAUUUAUGCGUUCUACAGAGGCAGAGCUGCGGGCGCACUUGCCCGAGGAACGCCAUCGGAAGCCCACAAAAGUCGAUCUAGAGCUCUUAUACCAGGUACUGCCUGCAACUGAGGCCACUGUUCGUGCCCACCUGAGCGACAACUUCAACACACAGGACGCGUUGCAGGACUUGCUUACACUGAUUCGCACGGUGAAUCUCCAUCGGCAUGAAACACCGGGGGGCGUUGGAUACGCCACUCUACAUCACAUACGCAGCUCCGUCGGUCGUAUACUAUCUUGUUUCGGUCUUGACUACGACGUCAAGGAUGAUGUCGCGUCCCAGGGCGGAGCUGCACUGGCCUCCGUCGAACCGUGGAUUCAGGGGGCCGUGCGCCUCCGCGACCAGAUUCGCGAAGUUGUACUUUCGGCGGAUGCAAAUACUGACGCGAACGCCCUCAAAGAAAGUAUUCUUGCGGUGUGCGACGAGUUUCGGGAUGCGGUAUUACCGCCUCUGGGGGUACGGCUCGAGGAUCGGACGUAUCCGAAACCAGCAAUCUGGAAAUACGAUGAUCCUGCGGCUAUUCAGGCGGACAUCGAGCAGCGGCGGCAAGCCGAAGCUGCGCGAGCAGCGGAGAAAGAGGCCCGUCGUAGAGAAGCGGAACAGCGGCUCUUGAAAGAGCUCGAACAAGGUCGCACGCAUCCUAGUCAAAUGUUCCUGGACCCGAGUCUCUAUUCCCAAUGGCGAGAGGACGGCAUUCCGACGCAUGACGCCGAGGGUCGCGAACUCGAAAAAUCUCGCGUGAAGCGACUCUUGAAAGAGCAACAGCGUCAAGAGCGUCUACAUCGCAAAUUUCUGGAAGCACAGGCUUCGGGCCUCUUGUCCAAACUUGGCAUGGAGCCUUGA